AACAAAAAAAGUAACGACGUUGAUCGCAUCACAUGACUCUUCUCUCUCUCUUUCCCACUGAGACACUGUCUUCACUCUUUUUUGCUUAUCAACAAAACUCUGCACAAAUCUAACCUCUCUGUUUCCUUCUUCAUCGAGAAACCUCAAAUUUCAAAUCUUCGCAUUGUCCGCCAUUCUUAUUCUUCCCCCAGAGAAGCUUCUUACUUUUUUCCUCUGCCGCUCUAAAGUUUAAAUCUUGUCUCUUCUUCAAAAUCGAAUCAAUGGGUAGAGAUUUUCUUGUUCUAAGUAUUCUCAUUCUACUCCUCUCUGGGUUUGUUUCUUCAGCUCCUUCAGCUAAUUCUCCCGCAAAGAUUCUUAAUGGGUUUAUCUCAAAUCAUGGCUCUUCUCUAAUGAAAUGGUUAUGGUCACUCAAAACCACAACCAAAACAACUAUUGCAACGAGAUCGAUGGUGAAAUUUGAAAAUGGGUAUAGUGUAGAAACAGUGUUCGAUGGAAGCAAACUUGGUAUUGAACCGUAUUCGAUUGAAGUCUUACCAAACGGCGAGCUACUUAUUCUUGAUUCUGAGAACAGUAACAUCUACAAGAUCUCAUCUUCUCUUUCAUUAUAUAGUAGGCCAAGACUGGUUACUGGCUCUCCUGAAGGAUAUCCGGGUCAUGUGGACGGGAGAUUACGUGAUGCGAAGCUGAAUCAUCCUAAAGGGCUUACAGUUGAUGACAGAGGAAACAUAUAUGUGGCUGACACUGUGAAUAAUGCUAUCCGGAAGAUAAGUGAAGGAGGAGUUACAACAAUUGCUGGGGGCAAAACGGUUCGAAAUGGAGGGCAUGUGGAUGGACCAAGUGAAGAUGCAAAGUUUUCCAAUGAUUUUGAUGUUGUUUAUGUUGGAAGUAGUUGUUCUCUGCUCGUUAUUGACCGAGGAAACAAAGCCAUCAGAGAGAUUCAACUCCAUUUCGAUGACUGUGCUUAUCAGUAUGGAAGCGGGUUUCCUCUUGGGAUUGCGGUUCUUGUUGCUGCAGGUUUCUUUGGUUAUAUGCUAGCUCUGUUGCAACGAAGAGUCGGUUCUAUCGUUUCUUCUCAUAAUGAUCAAGAAAUGUACGAAGCUGAUCCUGAUCAAAAGUCUAUGAAACCAUCCAGACCAUCUCUUAUUCCAACCGGAGAUGAGCAACAAGAGAAACAAGAGGAAACCUUUGUGGUAUCGCUAGGAAAACUCGUUUCAAAUGCUUGGGAUUCCGUUAUGGAGAUCCUCCGAAAAAAGCAGACAGGCACCAGCUAUCAGCAGUACCAUGGGACAACAAAGCAGUCUGCUGCAUUUAGCACAUCAACUCCAUGGCCAAUUCAAGAGAGCUUUGUGAUUCGAGACGAAGACGAACCUCCUCCAGUUGAGCCCAGGAACCCAACUCCAAGAAAGAUUUAUGCUUUUAUGUCCAAAGACGCUGAAAAAAUGCAGCAGCUGCGUCAGAGCCGCGCAUUCUACAGUAGCUGGGACGCUGAAUUCCCCAAUCAGCAACAGCAGCAAAAGCAGCACCAGAAGCAUCAGCAGCAGCAGCAGCAUCGAAGGCAUUACUCAUCGAUCCCGCAUACUUAUUAUGAGCAGGACAGUGAAAAAACUAAUGAGAUAGUCUUCGGAGCGGUCCAAGAACAGAGCAGCAAGCGAGCGGCUAAGCCUAAGCCAAAGCCUAUAGAGUCUGGAGAUCAGAUGAAUAAUACUCAACAGAAUCUUCACUACAGAUCUCAUUCUGUUAGUUACCCGUAUGGAUACUAUCCGCAUACAUGAAAAGUAUCCGGUUUUGUGAGUCUCUGGGAUUCUCAGUCUUCCUUAAUAAGAUUAUGCAGGAAGUGUAAUAUUUUUGGGUAUAGGUGGGUUUGUAUUGGGGAAUUUUAAGAUUAUGCUCAUACUUUGAUUGUAUUGGGUAAUAUAUAUAUGGAAAAAAAUGAUUCUGUUCCUUUGCUUUAAA